UUGUUAGAUGCGGGCAAACCGCACUUAAAACCGCGAUGUCUGCCAUGAAAGAAAAACGGCGCGAAGAAAACUGAGCCUAUCGGUCGCGAAAGCUCAACCUUUUCGUAGAGUGUCAAGCUCCCAAGACUGUGCGUUUUCGGUGAUAACAACAACCAAAGUCUGUGCUAGUUGGUUCUUAAUUGUGCGAAAUCACAUUAUGAGGCAAGACUGUUAAAAAAGUUGGACCGUUUCCAAAAUAGCGGCGAGAACACGCGGGCGCCGUGACGCGAACACCGGCGUUUUAAGUAGGCUAUGACAGCCCGCGAGGUGGUACUGGAAGGAGGAUCGCCUUGGGGAUUUCGCAUGAACGGCGGAGUCGACCUGAAAACGCCACUGAAAAUAUCCAGGGUCAAUCCAGGCAGUAAGGCGUCGCAAAGGGGAGUCAGGGAAGGAGAUUUGAUAACGUCGAUCAACGGUCAAAGUACGAAAAAUCUAUCCAACAGCGAGUCCCACGCUCUACUAAAGAACUCCGAAGACACCCUAAAAUUGGGCCUCAAUGAAGACGUUGAAGGAUCUCCGAGGAAAAGGCAAUACAGGACGAUUCAGCAGGAAACGCACCAACAGACUGUCAAGAGGUCAAAUGUGACGAGAACUACCAUUCAAGAAGCAGAAGAAUACAUACCACCCACAAAUAAAGGAAAUCCUAGCUGCUUAGAAGGUUCUCGUCCCACUAACGGUUUUGAUCUCUUUAAAGAAAAUCGACAAAAUGGACGAGUAAAACAUAUUCCUAUCUCGUCUGCAUCAACAUCAAGUUCUUCCACCUCCACUCCGUCUACUUUAGUUGGUGAAGGAAAAACCGUAUCGUCCGAUAACGCCGUCGCAUCGAGACAAUCGUCCUACUCCAACUGCAGCUCUUUCUUCGACGAAGGCUCGAACACGUUCGAAUCGGACGUAGAAGACAUGAACGAUGGUGCGGCGCGCGUGUCCAAAUCGAAAAGGCGAAGACAACGACGCAGAUUGCUCAGGGACGUCGUGGAAAUUAAAGAAAUAGUCCCCGAGAAAGUCGAGCAACUGACCAAAGAGGAAUACAAAGUGGAAUCUCCAAAAGAGUUGAAAUUGGAUAAGCGACUGAAAGCGAAAAGCAAAAGUUUGGAAGAUGACGACGUGCCCAAAAUACAAGAGCUGUCGGAAGUAGGCGAGUCCGAGGACAAAGGGGGCUACGACGAGGCCGUCAUACGGGAGGCCUCCUCGGAAGAGAAUCUAGACCCGGAAAAACCCGGUAUAGUAUUAAAUUUAAGGAGCGAAGAUUGUGUAGAGUCGCGGUCGCUGAUAUCGCCCGAAGAAGAAAAAGAAUUGCGAACGUUCCUGAACGGGUUGAACCUGAUCAACUCGCCGGAGGAGUCGGCGCAAGAGCUGACCCAAAAAUCGGACCCCAAGACGCGAAAACACCAAAACAGGAAGGAGCUGGAACAGUACUUCUUGCCUAUAUGCCAGAACCCGCGUUACCUCGAUGCGAUCUCCGAAGAAACGAGUGACGUCAGCGAUAAGGAACCGUCCGGCGCCUCCCAGCACCUCAAACAAGGAACCCCGGAGCUCGAUCUGCCUCCGGUUCCGCCCCGGAGGAAUAAAAACAAAACGUUCCGCCAGCUAGAGCAGCCUGACGCGGUUCUGGUGGAGACCAAGUUGGUGGACCGAGACGGCUUCCAGGAAAGUAUUUGCAACACGAAGGUGGUGCCUCAGAGCGAUAACGAAGUCGAAGUUGUUUAUAUCAACGAUUCUGGAGAAUCUUCCACGUCGUCAGGUGAUUUUACCGACGUUUAUAACGACUGCCAACCGCCUCCACGACCGGAACUGCCGUUGGAGGUAUGCAUUGAUGCGAAUAAUGAAUCUCUGACCAAUCGUCUGUCUACGAUAGAGCCACGGGAGGAGGAUGUUUGCAAAACGUUUUACGAAAACUCGAUGUUCUCUCAAUUAACGCCGCCUCCGACGCCGGACAAUGUUACCCCGAAGAAUGAGAAGGUGUGCGAGGCGAAGUCGAUCUUUUUUGAUUAUACGAAAAUACCGAACGUGCUAAGCGAGAAGGAACCACCUCAUGCAACUCAUUUGAAAAAUAUCUUGACAGGCAGGGCGAAUGUUGAUACGAUAAAAUGUGAAAAAUAUAAAAAGAAAAUAACAGAAGAAAUAACAAAAAGUAAUAACGAAACAACGGAAAAAAAAUUGGUUAAGGAAAAAGAGGUCACUUCAAACAUACAAAAUAAAAGCGAAAAGAUUACAGAAUUAAAUAAAUCAAAUUCAACACAACAAGAGUUGAUCGAAAAAAACACAAAAACAGAUAUUAUAGAAAAUGGUGUAAGUGAUGAUUACUUGAAAGACAGUGUCGAUAAAAGAAAGGAAACAGAACAACACAGGACGCAAACAAUACAGUCAGUUACUAAUGUCGCAAUUGAGGUGGAUGUUGAGACAAAAGGAAGCGAACGAAAUAAAAGGAGUUUAACAGAAGGACAGGCAAAAAAUAAUAUCGAAACAACCACGGAAAAAAUAUUGGUUAAGGAAGAAACUUCCAUCAAAAGUAACAAAAACGUUAAUUGCUUUAGCAAAAAUACGGAAAAAUUAAUUGUAGAUAAAGAGUCGAAAAUUAUACAACAUGAAGGCGAUUCUAGAGAAAGAAUUACAGAAAAUUACUCGUGCAAUACCAAAAUAGAAUUUAAAAAAUCAAAUUUAACACCAGAAAGGAAAACAGAUGAUUACUUGAACGGCAGUGUUGAUAAAAGAAAAGAAACAAGAGAAGGCACGACUCAAACAAAACAACCAGGCACUAAUAUUAACUUCUCAGAUAAUGUGAAUGUUAAGACAAAAGAAGGCGAACAAAAUAAAAUUAAUUUAAUAGAAGAGAAAGCAAAAAAUAAUAUCGAGACAAAUUUGGUUAAGGAGGAAGCAGCCCAAGCCGGCGAAAGCGAUAAUUACUUUACUAAAAAUACAACAAAAUUAAUUGUAGAGAAAGGGUCGAAAACGAUACAACACGAAGGCGAUUCUAGUGAUAGAAUUAUAGAAAAUUACUUAUGCAAUAGCAAAAUAGAAUUUAAAAAAUCAAAUUUAACACAAGAAGAUAUUUCAACUAAAAGGAAAAACCGAAAAAGUGAUAUUGUAGAAAGUGUUGAUAAAAGAGGAGAAAACACGACGCAAGCAAAACAGCCAGUCGCUAAUAUAAAUGUGUUUAUGGGAUUAGAAGCGGUAACAAAAGACUCGACGGAUAGUGUGGAGUCAUAUUUGACUUCAAAAUCUCAAUUUUUUUCUAAGACAAUCGAAAAUCACUCUAUCAAUUGUAAUAAUGUCGACGGACAUCAAAUAGACAAACUGGAAUUUGAGGGACAAACUACGAACGAAGCCACAAAAAAAACAACUCAAUUCGGCAAAGAAGAGAAAAUAGAGAAUAAAAAACAAAAUGUUUUAUUUAAUCACCUCAAAGAAGCCGACAAUAUUCCAACUUCAAGCGAAAAGUUGACCCGGAAGAUAGAGAAAUUGGAAGAUAUUAAAAUCGUUGAACAUCGGUAUGAAUAUAAACGGGAAAAUUUUGAAAAAAAUGAGGCAUCUACUAAAGUAAAGGAACGGUCGGAGCACAAACUGAAUGAUGAAAAACUGCUUGGCUGCAAAAAUAAUCAAUUAAAUACGACUGCGAUUGGAACGGCAAGUUCUGAUCUAAAUCGAAGUGAAUGUAAACAGGCAGUUAAAAACACAGCCACCCUGACAGAUGAAAAUAUAACUACCAGUAGAACACAAAGUGCUAGACCAGACCUGAUAAUCAAUACAAUCAAAUCAGCAGAGUGUGAAGAAAGGCAGAAGAGUGGUCCACCAUCAACCAUAGCAAGUGAGAAUAAGAGUGAUGAACAAUUUCAAAACCGUAAAUCAGAUGGAACGAUGGUUCACAGCUCCAUUUUAAGCCCCACCCUAUCGGACAGCGCGGACAGUACCGACAGCAAAGAAAGUUCGUUAUGUACGGCAAAAUACAAUCCAAACUCUUCCAUAGCUGACGUAACCUCCAUCACCAAAGAGGAGGAGGACAUUAACAGCAAGGACCUGUACCAACCUGCUUCGCUAAGGUGUUUGGUUUUGGACGCGCUGAUAGCGCUCCCUUUCGGCACGGACAUGCUGGAGGAGUUGGCGGAGGUUUCUAAAAGUAUAGAUAAUCUUACGUGCGACAUUCCUUUUCGGGGAUUAACCAGGCCGAUCCCUGCGUUUAUUGAUAGGAACCCUGUUUCAGUUUCGAUGAACCAGACCACGAAAUUCCACAACUCAGUGCGGGAGACGAGAAAUAAAUUAUCCGACUUGACCAAGAGGAGUACCGACGAGGACGUUUCACCUGCCAAUCGGCUGUUGUCUAUAAUUCGAGAAGAUGAAGACGCGGACAAUUACCUGUACUUCGAGCAUAACGAGGAGUGUGAGCGAUUGAAAGCGAAAAACUUAACCGAGUGGCUGGCGAUCGCCAGAAAUAAAAGCAAAAGCAUGUCGAAUCUCGACUCGACGAGUAUUCCUAUUAAUAACUUGCGAAGUGAAAAUUCGGUUUCGCACAAAAGUGCUCCGCGACGAUGCUCUUUGCCGCAGGAAAUUUACGUGAGACAGUUACAAGACAUAAUGGAAAAGGAAAGACAGAUACAACGCGAACUGGAGCAGCUGGAGGAGGAGAAGAGGAAAAUCCAAGCUGAGCUGGCGCCGAGCAGAAACAAGUUUGAGGUGGACGAUUUCUACGUGUCCAAAAAGGGGGACUUUGCUGAGAGGCGAGAAAAGUUACGACCUACGUCGAUGCCAGUAUUUCCCACCGAAUUCUUCCGGCAGCAGAUGUACGAGGAGUACAUGGACAAGUUUUCGGAACGGGAGGAAAGGAAACAACAAAAAGUUAUCAAAAUAUCAUCCAGCCACGAUUUGAGCAACGACAAGGACAAAGGGAGGAGUAAGGAGAUUAUUCAUCCCAUUGAGAUCGAGAAGGAGUUUAUGGAUAAAGUGAAGCAGAAGCUCGGAAAGCCGGACACCAGCGACGGCAACGAUGCAGCUCCAGGGUGCAAGGUUCAAGUAGACGAAGUACCACCCGUGCUGGUACUGGAUGGGGACAAGGUGAAAGGUGUGGAGGUGCUGCCGAAACAUCUGCAGCAGUUUGUUGACGAUAUGACUGCCCAGGGUGAAAGUAUAUGGUCACCGGGCCAAAGGCAGACCCAACCGGACCGCAAGGAACUUCACAGGAGCGAUUCGAAAGACUCUCAGAAUGAACCCAUCUCUCCGAUAUGGACUCCCAAAAGCACCCACUCCAGCCCUACCGUCGAAAGAAAAGAAUUCAGACCCGUCAAUUUCCAAUCUCCAGUGCUGAGCAGAAGGCACAGAACCGCUUCUGAGUCAUUAGAGACCUCCAACAGUACCUCGUCCGAGCCACCUUGGAGACCUCCGGAAGGUAGUAGCGAUACAGCGAUACACUUGUCUUCCACUUUAGAUAGACGGCUGCCUACUAGCCAUUCGACUCCGGGCUUUGGAAGUUUUUCCACCUCAACUAGACUACCCAAAGCGCAGAACCCUACCAUCACGUUACUCCAGAAGGCUCGAGAAGGACAGUUACCAAGAGGAGCCCAAUAUAUAGAACAAGACUCCACCUUCAAUCGUAGACUUCCCAACGACAGGCCACCAAUUAAGUAUCCCGGAGAAGUUUUAUACCACAUAAAAAACGAAUACACGAGCGAAUCGGACAGCGAGCGACCCAAAAAAAUGGCCGAACUGGCGUCGAGAAAAUUCGAAGGUAUCGGACCGACUACCAGAGAUGGAAUGCCGUUAGUUUUGAGAUCCGAAGUCAAAGACAAGGACCAGUCCAAAUGGUACAAGAGGAUGUACGACACGAUCCACAAGCAGAAGCCGAAACGAGAUGAGUUCGUCACAGUUAGAUACAAACAAAAAAGAGCACAAUAUCCCUACACAUCCGGAUAUUUGUCGGAACCGGAACCAGGGGCGUACGACAGCGACUUCACUGAAUACAAAUACGCCACAUUGGACCGCAGACGUCCGCACCAAACGUACGACUAUACAACAUCCACUAUGCCUCGAAAUGUACCUGACAAAUCCUAUUCGUCAUCCGACAUCAUCCGAAAUACUCAGGAAAAGUACCAAAAUCAGCCUGGUAGGAUAGAAAACUACACUCCCGGGCGUUCAUCGAUAUCCGACAAAGAAGCCAAAAAGUGGUGGGACGAAGUGAUGGACAUCUUUGACGGGUGGUUAGACGCCAACUCUUCACUCCCCAGCUACGACGUCAUGUUCCGAACGGCUAUGGCAGUUUCUCACUUGGAAGAACAAAAACGAGUCCCCACCAAACCAAGGAGUUUUAUUAAUCAAGCUCUGAAGGAAUCCGGAUAUGAAAGCGAUUCCACGUUGGUGUUUCGAAGGAGAGAGGACAGGGGAGACCAGUUGAGCCCGAAGGAGCAAAAAGAAGCCUACAAAAUCAUCCAGAAAGGGGGCGACGUGCCUUUUCAGGGCCUCAGGAAGCCAGCUCCGGAAAGACCCAAAGAAACGGACAUUGUCGAGUUCUUCCCGCUGUCGCCUACUCUGACGCGCAUCAGGAUCCAUAAGAACAUCGUCCCCCAAAAGGAAAUAUUCUGCUAUCCCGUGACCGUACAACACAACGCUCCCAAAACGUUCGCGAGCUACAAGCGACUCGCGCCAUCUUCGAUCACGAUACCCAAAAUCGCCACGCCGCCCCUCGAAAGAGCCCCCUCGCCGCCGAAGCGAAAGUCUUCGAGAAACAACACGACCUUGAGGCUUAUAAGCACGAUGAGAGUAAAGACCGAUAAGUCUCCCGCGUGCAAAAGACACGAAACGUGCUUCAGCCCAAGCGACGACAGAACCAAAGUGAAUUACCUCAGGGAUAAAAUCACUUGCAAGCUUUCGCCCGCCAGCAAGAAAAAAAUUAGCGUGGUGAAAAAGGUGGCAGCUUCGCCGGACCUAAAGUCCAAAAUAACGUCCACUUUGACCACUUCCAAAGACGCCAAGUCGUCCGUGAGGAAAAUUCAGAGCACCACGAAAGUGAGCAACGGUUCCAAGACGCGAACCAAGUCGGUGGGUUCGUCCCUCAACAGUUUGAGCAAGAGGAGCAGCGCCGAAAGCCUAUCGUCUCGUACCUCGACUCCCGUCAAGACGUUCGGCAGCGAAAAGAAAAGAUUCGAUUUCGUCUUGCCCAAUUCCAAAUUUAAAUUGGCGAAAUGCGACUCGGAAGAGCUCUUGUCGCCUACGGAGGUGCAGAAAGCCGUGAGAAAUAUCCCCUCGAGCGCGUACUACAAGAAGUCGUUUGUUCCCUUGUCCUCCAGCAACGUGCUGCCUAUUAAGGUGGGAAUUACCGAGAAAGGUAAAACCAUACUUAAGUCUUCUACGAAAAGGGCCGUCUCGCUUUCUCCUAAGACUACGAGGAAAACUCCCAGCCCUUCCGCAGGUACUUCUGGCAAGCUGAAAACGUCGAAUCCGACGAGCUCCAAAACCGCUGCGAAACAAAUCGAAAAAGUGUCCGAAUCCGCCAAGAAACUCGUCAAGAAAACAGACGCAAAGUGCCUCAGCAAAGCGACCGGCGCUGAAGUAGCUAAACAGCUCGACCGAUCCGAGAUCGUCAAGCAAAAAGAAGCUAUAGAGUCCGACCAUUUCUUCAGGCACUUGUUCCUGCGAAAUGUCCAUCCCUCCGCUUCGUUCGUAAUGCCGAGAAGUUCGUGGAUAGCGGAGAGGACCAACCAACUCAUCAGGAGAAGGAACUCCGUUUCCGAGCCGAGCAUAGGAGCGAUGAAGAUCUACUUGAAACACACCAAACCGGUCACGGAUUCCAAGUUCAUCAGUUUAGACGUCAUCAGGUCGCGAAGCGCGAGUCCCAAGUCGGUGACGUUCAGCGACACAGUGGCGGCGAAACGGAGCAAAAGUCUACCGGCAAAAAUGGUAUUUUCGCAAACCUCGAGGCCGGUGUCCCCCGUUGUCACCAGGAAACCCAAAUCUCCGAACAGGAACAACUUGGUCACCAUUAAACGAAGUCCCAGUCCCCAAACGAAGUUGUUCUUCUCCGAAACCAGCCGGCCCGUAUCGCCCAUGCUGGGGCGGUCUCCAUCGUCUCGAAGAAUUAAGCAAAUUAAGCAACUUACCGAUGAAAAGAAAUCUUGCGAGUUGACUUUGUACACGUGCCCCGCCUUAAACUAUAGCACCACGUCUCUGGAUUCGUUCAGAAGCGACGACUAUCAGAUUUACAUGAGAGAGCUCGGCGGGUCCAGGACAAGCGAGAAGUUUAAAGACCUGAACCAUUUUUAUAGCGAGAUAGAAAAGGUCGGUAGAUUGGAGAAGACGUUCUCGCUAAAGCCACGUCGAAGGUGCGAGGGCGAGAUUAUAGAUUACGACAGGUGGAUGGAGGUUCGAAUGAGGGAAAAGGCGGAAAAUGAACUUAGACAUUUGUACAACCACCUGAAACAGGACGAGAAAGACAAGGGCUUCUUGUACCUCCCGAAAGAUGUGGACAGGUUCAAAUGGAGACGGGAAUUAGACGGCGGGCUAAGAAUCAAGGAGAAGUCUGUGGAGAACAUCAAGGAGGAAUUCGAACGUAUCAAAAGAGAGGACAGCGAGAGAGAAAACGCGAGGCGACGUGAAUUAGCUUACAGCAAGGACACUUACAAACCCUUGUGGCGGGGCAAUUCGGUUCUGAGCCUCGCAAGUAUUCUCACCGAAAGGCGAAGCCUUUCCGAGGGCAGAAUUAAAAGUGCCAAGCAACACUUGGCAGAUGACGAGGGCAUUCUAAAUAACGGAUUCGGGAGUCGGAUUUGGAGUAGCUUAUCGACCCAGCAGGUUAGCAACCUGAAACGACAGCUGCAGGAGAUUUACGGCGAGGAAUCAAUACCAAAAGCUCGCGAUUACAUCGUCGAAGUGCCGCGGGUUGAGAGAGAGGCGUACGCACCGAAACUCACGGUCAGACGCAACUCUGAGAGUGCGAAGCCCGAUCUCAUGUCGGAAGACGAGAAGAAACUGAUCUCGCACACUCUGAGCAAAGAAGUUUUGGAGAAAAUCGCGACGAAGAGGAGGGAAAAUAAGAUCGCCUUGCCUUUGGUGGUGGGCAAGGAAAUUCUAGGCGCUGUGGCUGCCAAAGAAGCGAAGAUCAAGCCCGCCGCUAAGCGGCAAGAACCGCCGAGAGCUCUAGUGAAAACGGACGCCCUAAGGCAACCAUCGGCGAGCGAGACAGAGUCCGGGAGCACGGACGAGUCCACGAGAACCGUAAUCGAAAACAAAGACAUCAAGCAAAAGGUCGAGUACUUCGAGAAGGCCAAAGAACUCGAAGCUUAUGUUCCCACUGUAUACAAGCCGGCGGAUGAAGACCGCAGCUCCGCGGAGGACCAAGAAACAGCGUCGCCUGUCCAUUCCCACUCUUGCCAAGAUCUUAAGGAGUAUUUCGGUCAGACGGAUCUUGUAAAGUUCGCUACCAUACCGUUGGCUGCCACUAGAAAAGCGGAUCAAAGCUACACCAAGAAACCCAACCUACGAUCUUUGGACAUGAGCCCCAUCCGAACGAUUUCGGAGGCUAACUCGUUUGAUAGCCUCAUUAGAAGUCGGUCCGUGUCUCCUUUUUCCGAAGAGGCGAGGGCACUAGCUAAAAAAGGAGAAGUGAGCAGGCUCAAAAAGCAAUUCGAGUAUCUCGAAGACUUCUUUGGCGAAAGGAGUCUAAAGAGAUCGCGGAGCGAGAAUGAUCUGGGCAUGUACGGUCACGUUGAGGAUAUGCGGAGGAAAUACGAAUACCCGGCACAUUCGGGAAGGGGGCGGAGCAGAACCAGAAGAGGAGGAGUAGUGUCUCCGGUUUACUUGAGAGCGGAGGACAGAUACAUGCCCCAUAUCAACAUAAUUAGCAAGAUCGCCACGUUGUAUUCUCGUACCAAAAAGAACACGAAGGAAUCGACUCGGAACGUCGAAGAGUUGGCUCAAAUUCUUGGAUGUCCGGUGGGCGAGGUGGAGAAAAUGAAAGAGAAAUUUGAUAGGCUAAAAGAGAGACAGGACGAUAUCUCGCUCAUUGGACACAUGUAUACAUCGUCGCCUAGUUUGAAAGAGCUGAGGGAUAUUACCCCUUACCUUACUGCCAACUGGAUCGCUCACAAAUAUCCUAGGUCCGAAGACAACACUAGGUCGCUGUCCUCUCCGGAGACUUCUUUGGCUUCCAGAGAUAUGUCUUUGGUUAGAAGAGAUCGACUGCGGUCCAGUUCAACGUCUCCCAGUAAAAAGGGACAGUCCAUUCUUAAACGCAGGGAAGCCGGACAGAGAAUCGAUGAUAAGUUGAAGAGGUUUGAGCCAGUAAGGUAUUCUAAAGAACCAGAUUUACCCCCACCACCGCCGCCCCCAAAAGGACAGGGAGGAGUAAGAAGCCAAGAACUGUCAGAAUCGCCAAGGAAAUACGUCGAAAAUCAAGUGACGAUACACUACAAGACACCAGUACGUCAGGAGAUCAAGGAAUAUGUAUCGGAGGACGAGCUGGCCUACAGGCAGGCGGAGGCCAUGAAGAAGAUCUACGAGGAAGAGAGAAAACGAAAGUAUCUACAGGUUAGCGAAGAAGAACUUCAAGAUAUGAAGUCGAGGAGGCAUACGGACAACUUCAUUCCUUCCCAGAAAUCCCCGAUUCCGUUAAAUAGAUACGACGACUUUGACGAUCUCACCAACGCACCCAAAGUCCGACCCAGGUCUCCGGAACCUAGACUAGUGGCUAGAGCCCUCUACAAUUUUGUCGGCCAAACUGCUAGGGAGCUCACUUUCCGCAAAGGUGAUCUAAUCUACGUUCGGAGACAAGUCGACAAGAACUGGUACGAAGGAGAACUCAACGCCAUGGUCGGACUGUUCCCGGUCAACUACGUCGAGAUCGUCCCGUACGACGGUGCCAAGAGCACACCCAGGAAAGCCCACGAGGGUCAAGCGCGAGCCAAAUACAAUUUCGUCGCUCAAACCCACUUGGAACUGUCGCUGGCCAAAGGCGAACUGGUGACGAUCACCAGACGAGUGGACGACAACUGGUACGAGGGAAAAAUCGGCGGUCGGAAGGGUAUAUUCCCAGUGUCGUACGUCGAGGUUCUGAUUGAUCCCAGCGAUCCUCCACCGCCGAGCACUAAACCAGUCGCGGCACCCGCGGCUCAUUCCUUGCUUUUGAACGGUUCCGCGCAAGGCAAGGAAUCCAUGGGGAGCCACCUCUACACCCCGAACAUCUCGAACUCACAAACGUCGGCAAGUUACCACGCGAAACCCGUCCAAUUGACCGGCAACGGGACAUACUCCACGUUGCCCAGGGCAAGCAAAGGUGCCAUGAGUCAGGCUCUUCAUAUCGAGACUCAGUCUGAACCCGUAGCAUAUCGAGCCCUCUACAAGUACAACCCACAGAACGACGACGAACUCGAGCUGCUAGAGGGCGACACCGUCUACGUAUUAGAAAAAUGCGACGACGGGUGGUACGUUGGGUCGAGCGUGCGGACCGGCGCCUUCGGCACGUUCCCCGGCAACUAUGUCGAAAAAAUCUAGCGCCAACGAGCCUCGCAAAAUCGCCUUUGGACGACGAACACAGAGUGCCUAACGUUUACUAACUGCCAAACGGAGUUUGGAGAUGGAAAAUUUGCAACCGCCGCCACUGAGUAACACGACCGAGCUAACAAACGAAAGCAUUGCCAUAUAUAUAGAACACUUGACGGGAUCGUAGCAUUCGCCCCGCCCAUUAAUUAUAAAUAGAACACUUACGACAAACAAGAUGUGUUGCAAAUUUUCGAAGACAGUUUGAAGUUGCCCUCGUAUAGCUUUCCCGUAGUGUAACCGUACAGGGUGGUCCACUCUUUUUUAGCAGACUUUGCCCUCAAAUUCUUCUCUUUUUAACAAAUUCUCGGAAAAAAUAUUAGCUUUUACGCGCUCCAAAAAGUGAACCACCCGUGAGCAGGCAAAUAGUUAAGCGAGUUCUAGUCAUUAGCCGAUCGUAGAAGUUUAUUUACACCAAAUUCGCCCCGUAUACAUAUAUAUUUUUGUUGUAAUUUAUAGUUAGUAUUAAUCGUAAAACAGGAUAGAGAGGCCUCAAACACACAGGACGUCCCGAAGCCAAAUAUUUUUCAGACCGCCUGUAGACGCGUGUACAGGAAAAGAAAUUUGUUCUUCCAUGUAUUCGUAGAGCGUAGAUGGCGUCCCCUGGUUGAUGCGUGUUCCUCCUUAACUCGAUAACCAUACACCCUUCCCGUGUAAGACUUAUUCCUCUAGAAGAGUGCCUUUGAGAAUACAAUACUUUUUAUUAACACCGGGUAUAUAUUAUUAUAUCGUAGUAGUCGUAACCUGUUAUUUGUUAUUUAAUUCUGUUGCAGAUUUUGUAAUCGCUAUAGAGACGAUUUGUUUUGUUAGUCUAGAUGACCUAACGUUUCAUUUCGGCGUUGCUUAGGAACGCGCGUUUUCUCAUUUACACGAUGUAACAUAAUUUGUUUAAAUAAAGAUUGCGUAUAAACUA